CCACCGCUCUCCAGAAUGCCAAAAGGAAUGUGGAUCUGCCAAGUAUGCAGGCCAAAGGAGCAGGAGGGAAAACGGUUGCUACACAAGACAGCGGCCCAGAUCAAAAGGCGAUAUGCAAAGCCAGGAAGGCCAAGAAAAAAUCUAGCACAUCCAACAGUGUCUGACAGUGGUGGUCCGGGAUCCGUUGAGCUGUCUGAAAAAGCACGGCAUGGUAGGGGUUCCAUAAGCACUUUCUGUACCCCACCCUCAUCAAGCACCUUUAUACCCACCACAGACGGCAGGAGUCUCACAGACCCCCUCACAUCCACACCCACCCUCACUACGUUGCCCCCAAUCAACAAGAAAACCAAAGGUCUCAUUGACGGGCUUUCCAAAUUUUUCACGCCAUCACCCUUGGGUCGCCGGUUGCGCAGUGAGACGUCGGGCUCCUCGAAUCAGCACAGGCAGAGGAAACGAGGCUAUCGGAAAUGCCAUGCCAGCGUGACGAUGCCAGCCUUUAAUGCCAAGAGAUGCUCAAGAAGAGAACCGCAGGAAGGAAGGAUGACUUUACUCCAUGACCAUGUGGCUGAAGAGGAUCUGAAAUUGUUCAGACACGUCAAGGAGAUCACAGCAAAGAAAACUGGUGGCGAUCAAGGACAAUCCCCUCCUUUGAUUGAGUUUGGGCAAUAUGAAAUACAAACUUGGUAUUCCUCACCAUACCCUCCAGAAUACUCAAGAUUACCGAAGCUUUAUCUCUGCGAGUUCUGCUUAAAGUACUUGAAAAGCCAGGACAUUCUGCAGAGGCAUUCAAAUAAAUGUGGAUGGUUUCACCCGCCAGCAAAUGAGAUCUACAGGAAGGAAAACAUCUCUGUGUUUGAGGUUGAUGGAAAUAUCAGCAAAAUAUUCUGCCAAAACCUUUGUUUGCUUGCAAAACUUUUUCUGGACCACAAGACAUUGUAUUACGAUGUGGAGCCUUUUCUCUUCUACGUUCUAACACAGAAUGAUGAGAAGGGUUGUCAUCUUGUUGGAUACUUCUCAAAGGAAAAACUUUGCCAGCAGAAGUACAAUGUCUCCUGCAUAAUGAUCAUGCCUCAGUACCAAAGGCAAGGAUUUGGGGGGUUCCUCAUUGAUUUCAGUUACUUACUUUCCAGGCUAGAGGGUCGGGCUGGCUCCCCAGAGAAGCCUCUAUCUGAUCUGGGUCGUCUGUCCUACUUGGCUUAUUGGAAAAGUGUCAUACUGGAGUACCUGCACAACCACCCAGAUAAGAGUGUCAGCAUCAGGGGAAUGAGCCGAGCCACGGGCAUGUGUCCACAUGACAUCGCUACCACACUUCAGCAGCUCAACAUGAUUGAUUUCCAGAAUGGCAGGUUUGUAAUCAUCCGAAGACAUCAGCUAAUUGAGGAGCACAUGGAUAGACUGAGAAUGAAGCCACGUCUUCAUGAGGUUGACCCUGACUGCCUGAGCUGGACACCAGGUUCAGUCUGCAGAAGCCCACCAGGGGAGUUGAAGAGGGCUAUAGCACAGGCAGACCGUCGUGCAGGCUGUAGUGCGUCAACCAGGAAUUUGACAAUGGGGAUGGGUUACACUAGCACAAGUCCUCCACUAACCAAGUGCAAGAACUUCAGCAGAAGAUACUCAGACCCACUGUUUGCCAACAGUGCUGGGAAAGAUUUCGAAGUGAGUGAAGAAAGCAGCAGUGAUGAUGAUGAUGAUGAUGAAGACGACGAUGGUGAAGACAGUGCAUUCAAAUCCCAAUCUGGGCAGGAGCUCAAGCGAAAGCGGGCACCAACUCUGCGACGGAAGAGAGGGAGGAGGAGAACACGAAUCAACAGCAGUGUCACGACUGAGACCAUCUCAGAGAGAACAGAGGUGUUAGAUGAGCCAUUCGAAAACUCUGAUGUGGAAAGCCCUCUGCCACAGCUCAGCAGGAGGGGUGGCAGUGAGGAUGAGGAAGAGGAGAAGAGCCAGAGAUUAGCCAUGCGUCGGCCUGGUAGACCAAGGAGAUAUGAAGAUGACAAUCACUCAAAUCAAUCUAAAGAAGGAGGGAAUGUGGAAGCAGUGAAAAAGGACAAUCCUCGACCUCUAAAACGGAAGAAAGGCUGGCCCAAAGGUGUCAAACGAGGCCCUCCUAAAUGGAGACUAAAGGAACGCAAAAUGGGCUUUAAGCUCAACCUCUACACACCUCCUGAGACGCCAAUGGUCACAGUGGAGCAGGAGCAAGAAGAGGAGCAGGAUGCCAGCCCUGCCUCCUUCUCAGGGCCAUGCGAGUCUAUUAGAGAGCCCAGACCAGAGGACCCAGAGCUGGACCCCUGCGAUUCAGAGCCCCACAGUCCCGAGCCAUCCGAGUCUCACAAAGUAAAUGAGAAUGAGUCGACAGACAAAUCUGACAUGGUGGAAAAUUCACCCUGUGGGGAUGAGACCAAUGAGACAAAAUCAGGUCCAAUAGAUGAUGCUCAAGAGUCAUCUCAAAAUACAGAGGAAAUCGAAGACCUGAAGCCAGAGGGUGAAACAGAAAGCAGGGUUGGUAUGGGCUCAGGUGAACGAGAUGAAGAAGAGGAUGAAGACGAAGAGCCAGAACCAUCUCAUGUGGACGAUCAUGAUGCGGAUGAUGAAGAUGACAGUCAUGAGCAGAGAAUAGAUGACCCGGUGCCACUACCAGAAAGAGACCUUACGGAAGACCCAGAGCCAGUUCCAACUCCUAGUAACAACAAUAAAAAUCCUGAAGUGCAGCCGAACCCUGUGGACCCACCUCCUCAUUGCUUAGAGGAGCUUGCAUCUGAAAGCACUCUCGUGAGCUUGGGUGUGCAACAGGGUGACACUGUGGACUCGGAUCAUCCUCCAGACUCAGAAACCGAGGAAGAGGAUAACAGUCAGAGGCCUGAAGAAAAGCAUAUGGGCCCGUUGACCCCGGCAAUAAAAGAGGACCAUAACAUUUGCCCUGAGCUUGACAUGGAGACGGCCCAAGCAGUGCAGUCUCUGACUCAAGAGUCUGAGCAGGAGAGACACUUUCAGGAUUGUGUGGAGACUCAGGAGGCCUGCCACAGCCUACAGCGGUAUGUUCAUGUUGAGCAGAGCCCUCAGAUGACUCCCGUGGACGACUGCCAGCAGUCAGAUCACAGCAGCCCUCUGUCUUCUAUCCAUUCUCAUCCGAGCCAAUCUGUACGGUCAGUCAACAGUCCAGCAGUGUCCAUUUUAGAAAGUGGUUACACGCAGAUCAGUCCUGAUCAGGGUACUGUCUCGGUGCACUCGCUUCAUAACAACAUGGAGACUAGUCCAAUAAUGGAUGUGCCCUCAGUGUCAGACCACUCUCAGCAGGUGGUGGACAGUGGCUUCAGUGACCUAGGUAGCAUUGAGAGCACCACCGAGAAUUACGAGAAUCCCAGUAGUUACGACUCAACGCUGGGUAACAGCAUUUGUGGCACGGGAGCAGGAGCGGGCGCCUCCUCCCAGAGCAGCUGUUCCUAUGGCAACCUCUCCUCUGGUGGCAGCCACAGUCAGAGCAGCUGUGCUGUGUCCCAGCAGAUGGCCGGUCCUGUGGUGAGCAAUACUGGCGCUUGCAGCAUGCUCCAGCAAACCAGCAUGAGCUCCCCUCAGGGAUGCAGUGUGAAGUCUCCGCAAGGCUGUGUGCCGGAGAGGCAGCCCAGCCAUCCGCACGGCCAUGGGCAUCAUAGCCACAGUCACCACCACAGCCAUCACCAGCACCAUCAACAUCACCAACACCCACAACACCAGUACCAGCAGCCUCUGUCGCACUGCUCCAUGCCGACCAACUUCCCUCCACCCAUGCAGCUGCCUGACAUCCCAGAAUCAAACAAUCCCUCCAGCAACCUGGGCCUGUAUGACCGAAUGGGCCAGGGAGAGUAUGGAGGUGGACACUAUGGUCAACACUCAGCUACGUUCAGCCUGCAUAAACUACAACAGCUCACCAAUACCAUCAUGGACCACUCCUUGCCCUUCAGCCAUUCUGCCUCACACUCCAUCUCAUCCUAUGCAAACAACAACGGCUCGUUGUCCACGCAGCUCGGUCCUCACAAUCCCACGCUGGUGUCACUGUCGCAACCUGGUGGAGGUCCUCAGUCACAGGCUACUGUGACUCCUCCGCCCAACAUGACACCACCGCCCAUGAUGCUGCAGCGCAACAUGGCUACACCCAACAUGAACCUGGCCCAAUCUCAGAGACUGCAAACGCAAAUGGCCCCCAAGAAUCACCACCACCACCACCCUGUGUCAAUCCGCUCCAAAUCAGCCCCUCUGCCGCCCCACCACCAGCAGCAGAUGUAUGGUAGGGGUCCUCAGACUGUAGCCAUGCAGGCUCCUGGGAGGACGCUGGCUAUGCCGUCGCGGAUGAACAUGGGGGUAAACCUCAUGCCCGCCCCGGCUUACAAUGUCAACUCGAUGAACGUGAACGUCAAUAUGGCGAUGAACACUUACAGAGUGACGCAGCCUAUGAUGAACGGAGGCUACCAUGGCAAUCCUACCUAUAUGAAUCAAUCUCCACAGUACUCUAUGCAGAUGGGCAUGAUGGGUACUCAGCCUUACCCACAGCAGCCCAUGCAGGCUCCUCCCCAUGGCAAUAUGAUGUACAGCCCAGCAGGUCAUCAUGGUUAUGUGAAUACUGGCAUGUCCAAACAACCCUUAAACGGGCCUUAUAUGAGAAGAUAAUCAGCGACCUGAAAGUGAAGGGUCAUGAUGUUGCAAAGUCAGCUAGUUGACUUGAGGUAUUUAGUUUGUUCUUAUUUUCAUAGUUAAUGUUCGCUUUUAUGGAUCUUUCUGAAAGAACCAGCACUUGGUAAGAAUGCAAAAAA